GAGGCCCGGCUCGUGUGCGGGUCAGCUGCAGCCCAGCGGAACGUAACGCCGGCCCUUGUCAGCAGAGCUGGCGCAGAAAGGCGAGAAGCAAGCCAGCAAGCAGGCGCCCGAGCCCAGGAGACGUCGCGGCUUGGCCGCCUGGGGUCAGCCCGCGUAGUGCAAUGUCAGCAGCGGAACCACAACCAACGGAGGUUUCUCCAUCAUUAAAUUCAUCCAGCUCCUUUGAGGCAGCGGAAGCAGAUACAGCAAAUAAAUAUGAGCCCGUUUCCUCACACUGGUUUUAUUGCAAAGAAGCUGAUUCCAGAGAAAGAUGGAUUCCCUUUAGUGGACAAGAUUCUGAGAAGUUAGAACAUUUUUACCAAUCCAGUAAAGAUAGUGAGGAGUUGGUUGUGCCAACAGAGGGGGGCAGAUAUGACGUGUUUUUGAAAAAGAGGCUCCGUUGUGCUGUCUACUGGGAGGAAGAAGACUCUGAAGUCAGGCGCUGCACUUGGUUUUACAAAGGAGAAAAAGACAACAAAUAUAUUCCGUACUCUGAAAGCUUCAGUGAAAAGUUGGAGGAAACAUAUAUGAUCUGUGUCACACUAGAUGAGUGGAAGAGGAAACUAGAGUCACCUUCUAGAGAAAUCAUAAUAUUGCAUAACCCAAAGCUGAUGGUACAUUACCAUCCAGUAGCAGUCUCCGAUGACUGGGGUGCAAGUCCCACAGAGCAAGGCCGACCAAGAACAGUGAAGAGAGGAGUGGAAAAUAUCUGUGUUGAAAUCCCUAGUGGAGAGCCUCUGCAAAUAGAUCAUUUGGUUUUUGUUGUGCAUGGAAUUGGACCAGCCUGCGAUAUACGGUUCCGUAGCCUUAUUCAGUGUGUUGAUGACUUCCGCAAUGUUUCCUUGAGCAUGCUGCAAGCACACUUCAAGAAAGCUCAGGAGGAAAACCAAAUUGGCCGAGUUGAAUUCCUUCCAGUGAACUGGCACAGUACUUUACAUACUGGCGUGGAUGUAGACUUGGAAAGAAUCACCUUGCCAAGCAUCAACCGCCUGCGUCAUUUUAUCAAUGACACAAUCCUGGAUGUUUUCUUCUAUAAUAGCACCACCUACUGUCAGACCAUUGUAGACACAGUUGCUUCCGAAAUGAAUCGGCUCUAUCUGCUCUUCUUGAAAAGGAACCCUGACUUUAAAGGGGGAGUUUCAAUAGCAGGGCACAGUUUAGGAUCGCUUAUACUGUUUGAUCUUCUCACUAAUCAAAAAUGCACCACAGAGAGAGAAGAAGAUAAUAACAAGGGAUCCUGCACGUCAGCAUCCAGUGAAGAAGGCUCUGAGUCAGUAAAGGACAUCUUGAAGGAACUUGAGCUUUUUGAAUAUUAUUCUGUGUUUGAGAGGGAGCAUGUGGAUAGAGAAGCACUGGCUUUGUGUACAGAAAAAGAACUUAAAGAGAUGGGAAUUCCUUUGGGACCUAGAAUGAAAAUCCUGCACUACUUAAGGAACAAAUGCAGCAACCAGGAUUCCAAAAGAGAAAAACCUGCAAUGGCUUGGGAAGAUGGAGAUGUCAAGCAAAAGGUGCCCAUAAAACCCACAAAUAUGAAGUCCAGUUGCCAGUGUUUGGAUGUUGUGACAGGACAGGUUUCUGCCAAUUACCCUCAGCUGAUCUAUAAGCCGCAGAUCUUCUUUGCCUUUGGGUCUCCUAUUGGGAUGUUUCUCACUGUACGAGGAAUAAAAAGGAUUGAUCCAACGUACAGCCUGCCUACCUGCAAAGGUUUCUUCCAUGUCUUUCAUCCCUUUGACCCAGUGGCAUACAGGAUUGAGCCCUUGAUUGUCCCUGAUGUGGAAUUUGAACCUAUGUUGCUUCCUCAUCAUAAAGGCAGGAAAAGGAUGCAUUUAGAGCUGAAGGAGGGCCUCACUCGGAUGAGCACUGACAUAAAAAACAACUUGCUAGGCUCUUUGAGGAUAGCCUGGCAAUCAUUCACCAGGGUCUCAUUGCCAGCUGUGGAGGCAGGGGCCACCGGAGAUACCGAACAGGAAUCGGAAACUGAAGCCAGUUCAGAGAAGCAACCUGAUGAGAAACCCGAGGAGCUGGAAGCCACAUCAAUUAAUGUGGGCAUGCUUAAUGGGGGCCACCGCAUUGACUAUGUGCUUCAAGAGAAACCAAUUGAAAGCUUUAACGAAUAUUUGUUUGCACUGCAAGGCCAUCUCUGCUAUUGGGUGUCGGAAGACACAGCACUGUUGCUGCUGAAAGAGAUUUACCAAACGCAGGGCAUCAGCCUGGACCAGCCUCUCCUGUAAAGCCAGACUGACAUGCUGCAUCAGUCUAGUUACCAAAUAUAUAGUCCGAAGUGGAAGCUUGUCAAGACUUCCUGUCCCAUCGCCUCCACCUUCUCUCAUCUGUCGCUGAUGCGCCCAGCAUGCUUCACCCCCACAACCUGGAGCAUUCCUUGUCCCAGUAACAGCGGAAGUGUGGCAAGCAUUUUUGGCCUCAUACCAUACUUGUUGCACACUGACUCUCCGGGCUGUGCCCUCUGGCUUAGAGGCAGGUGUGUGUUAAGUUGCAAUACCAGCUAUGUCGAAUCUAGAACUGCACUAGAUGUGGCUAGAAAUCGGUGCUAGAACUUCACAUCACUACUUUGGCUGGAAACCUCUGGGACAAGAGAGCAGCAUUGGUUAAGGUGAUGUCACGUUUGAGUGAAUAACUCCUUAUUGUGUCUCUGUGGGGGUAUAUUUAUAAACCUUUGUUGUGUAGCAGCACUUGUGUAUUCCAGCAUCACGGUUUUGUUCUCUAUGGAUUUAUUUUGUUCUGUACCCUUCCCUGCUGCUGCUUUGCCCAACAGGUGGAGCUACAGACCAAAGCAAGAGGUUCUCCAAACCCAUUUUACUACAGUCAGGCCUGCUCUGCUGACCAUUGUCAGGUGAUCCGUACAGUGGCUGUGUUGGGUGGGGGGGAUGGGGACAAGAUGCUUCCAUAAGGAGAAACUGACAGUUGUGCGGAAAGCUGCAAAUUUGCUCCUUUUUUGUACGCUCCCAAGAUGUGACCUGUUGACUCAGUUGUGGCACUGUGAGCAUAUUCAUUAUACCCCAUAUUGAUAAGCAUGAGAUCCACCGUGGGCUUUCCCAGCUCUCCUUUGUGUAGUGUGUUGUGCAAGCAGCUGUUCGUUCCAUGAAGGUGGAGGGUCCUGAGGAUAGCUGUGCACAGACACAUUUUGUUCAGCUGCAGCAAGAAGAGCACAUUUUGCUCCAAGAGUGCUGGAAAGAAAAUCCAACGUUGUCAGAGAACCUAUAGUGCGAGGCAUUGUAGUGAUCAGCGAGAGAACAUCAGUAUGCAUAGCCAACUCUGAAAGUUGGGAUCAAGAGGAAGAGCAGGGCCACUUGCAGCACGUAGGCAGCCUGCUUUACACAAUAUGUUGCCAAAUGUAAACCCUGGCGAGUGAUGGGGCCCUAGUAAGCAACAAGGAAUGACCAGUCCGGCCUCUGCUUACUUCCAUGGAGGUCAGUUUCCUCUUGGAAUCCCAGUCAAUUGACCAUUAGGAGACAGUUCACAUGACCAGGGUGAUAAUUCAGAAGGCAGACCAAAUGGUUUCUCUUGGCUACAGUGAAAAGCAUAGCAAAGGCCACUCAUGCUACUGAAAUAGGAUGUCAGUCAGGUAGAAGAGGUACUGUACUGUGACUGCACAGGGGCUUCAUGUGCUCACACUGGGGGGCUAGGUUAUAAACCAGGGACUGUAGUACAAUUGCACAGCUACUUCAUAUGCACUAGCCCUAAAUCUUGGCACAACUGUUUAGUAAAAAAAGUGUCCCUUGUUUCCAGGUAUUUGCUCACAGUUCAGGAAAGCUCUUCAACAAGAGCGGUAGCCAGCAAUGUAUUCCUUGGUGGGUGUUUUUGGGGUGGGUGUGAUCAUGCUGUACUCUUUGUAUACUCUUAUCAAUACAUCCUGUCUCAUGGGUUAGUCUCCCUAUGUGAUUGCACUCUUGCCCCUGCCUCACUCACCACCUCAUCCACCAGUGCUUCAGCUGCGACUGAGCAACAACACCAUUUGGUGUGACCGAGUUCUGGGCUAGAACCUCUGGGGGUGGAUACAGAAAAGAAUCCAGCCUUGGCCAGUCGGGUCACAACAACAGCUGUUGAAAUUUAUGCACUUUGUAAAAUAUGUCUAUUAAAAAAGUUAUUUAAUCUCUUUUUCAGUAAA